CUAUUCUAUUCAAAAGGAUAAAGAAAACAAAAAAACAAAACCAAAAAGAAAAAAAAAAGGGAAAUGAAUUCCGGUUUCAAUUCCGUCGUUGAACAUCUCAAAGAAAUACAUAUCGACGUCUCCGGAACCAGCUCAUACCGGUAAGUGGUCAUCUAGGCCACGCUGAUGGGACAAUCAUCUUCAUCCACUGCAAUUUUAACACGUCGUGAAUCUAACAUCCAUAGCAGCCGGUCAAAGUCCAGUUCAACGGCUCUGAUCUCUCCUUUGCAAACGGAAGAGCAACCAUACGACGACGACGUAUUAAUCAUUAAUGAAUCACUCGAUUACAUCUCUGAUAUACCUGACGAGUGUUUAGCUUGCAUUUUCCAAUCUCUUGGCUCUGCCGAUCGACAAAGGUGUUCCUUAGUCUGCCGUCGGUGGCUGGUAAUCGAAGGACAGAGCCGUCACCGGUUAUCUCUCCACGCUCAAUCAGAUCUCCUUCCGGUGAUAAAUUCUCUGUUUACUCGAUUUGACGCCGUUACAAAACUCGCCCUGCGAUGCGACAGGAAAUCCGCGAGUCUAGGAGACGACGCGCUGGAAGCUAUCUCAUUGCGUUGUCGCAACCUGACGCGCCUCAAGCUUCGUUCCUGCCGUGAUGUAACGGAUUCAGGUAUGGCUGCGUUUGCUAAGAAUUGUAAAGGAUUGAAAAAACUGUCGUGUGGAUCGUGUACGUUUGGUUCUAAAGGUAUGAACGCUGUUCUGGAUAACUGUGCGGCUCUUGAGGAGCUUUCAGUUAAACGGCUUCGUGGAAUGACCGAUGGAGCUGCGGCGGAGCCGAUUGGACCGGGUUUAGCAGCGGGUUCUCUUAAAACGAUAUGCUUAAAGGAGCUUUAUAAUGGACAGUGUUUUGGUCCAUUAAUUGUCGGAUCGAAGAAUCUUAAAACUCUGAAGCUUUUUAGAUGCUCUGGCGAUUGGGAUAAGCUCUUUCAAGUUAUUUCGGAUCGGGUUAUGGGUAUGGUUGAGAUCCAUCUAGAAAGGCUACAGGUAAGUGACGCCGGACUUGCUGCUAUUUCUAAUUGUUUGGAUCUUGAGAUUUUGCAUCUUGUUAAAACCCCUGAGUGUACUAAUUUAGGGUUAGUUUCUAUCGCCGAGCGUUGCAAGUUAUUAAGAAAGCUUCAUAUUGAUGGAUGGAAAGCUAAUCGAAUCGGUGAUGAGGGCUUAAUUGCAGUUGCAAAGAAUUGCCCUAAUUUGCAAGAAUUGGUGCUCAUUGGAGUUAAUCCUACGAAGAACAGUUUGGAAAUGUUGGCUUCGAAUUGUCAAAAUCUUGAGCGAUUAGCACUCUGUGGGAGUGACACUGUUGGCGAUGCAGAGAUUUCUUGUAUCGCUGCUAAAUGUAUAGCUUUGAAAAAGCUUUGUAUUAAGAGUUGCCCUAUCUCGGAUAACGGAAUGGAAGCACUCGCCAAUGGAUGUCCCAAUUUGGUUAAAGUGAAGGUAAAGAAGUGUAGAGGGGUAACUUGUGAGCUUGUUGAAUGGUUAAGAGCAAAUAGGGAAUCAUUGACUGUGAAUUUAGAUGGUGAACAUGAACAUCAUGAUGCAAGUGCUAGCGAUGGUGGCAUACAGGAAAAUGCAGUUGAAAUCCCACUGGGGCAAACAGCAGCAGUAGCACCGCCAUUUGCUUCUUCGAGCGGUGCUGGUAGAUCAGCAUCCUUCAAGUCAAGAUUAGGGCUUUUGAGUGGGAGAAAUUUAGUUGCUUGCACUUUGAGAAGGUGGUCAAGUGGGAAUAGCAGUUCUCGAAGUUAAUUUGAUCAAGGACUAAUAGGAUAUGCCGUAGCAGAAAUAUUAGUCCUUUGUCCUGUUCUAUUUGCAUUAUUUUGCGUCACGCUCGUCUGAUUCCAUAUUUGAUGUACUCCAUUUGAUAUUGGCUUGCUGUUUAUUACCUUUCAAUUGAAUUUCCAUUUUAACAAA